AUGACUUUAUGGGAUAAACGAGGAGGACCCUCUAGACUAGAAAACGCAGACUGUCUUGGCUGGAGCGUUGGCAGGAUUCUUGUUGAUUCAGCAACAUAUAAGAAAAAUAACGUUAACGGUUUAGAUGACGGUUUAGUCGGGUUUGAGCUCGCGGUCAAAUUUUCUCCGUUGCGCACUUGAUCACCUUGGUUGACUACAAUAGAUAAACAGACUGGAACAUUUAUCUGAAUAUUUGCGCAUCCAGACCGUGUUGGCAUGUCACGAUUCAAAAUCCUGUUACUCUUCAUUAUGACAUUUAUUAGACAGCUGCUGGGACACAAUGAAGGCUUUGGAACCAGAGUGGAAAGCAACACUGAGUUUGUGCCAGAAGAAGAGCAGGACUAUACACCUCAACUGGACUACAGAAAUCCAAGAUGGUGUCGCUUUCUGAACUUGGCCAAUGGGGAGGUGACCUGCCACUCUCCCCUUGGGGGGAACUUUCACAGCACUCUGGGCACACGCUGUGAGAUGACCUGCGACCGUGGCUACAAGCUCCUGGGCAGGAGAUCUGUGCAGUGCAUGCCCAGUCGCCGCUGGUCUGGGACGGGUCACUGUCGGCAGGUUCGUUGCCGCGUCCUGCAGCUGAUCUGGCACGGCACCUACCACUGCACCCAGGGUUACACGGUGGACUCCCGGUGCGACUACGUCUGUGAGCCGGGGUACCGGAUGGAGGGGUACCAGUCUCGCACCUGUCUGGAAGGGGGCUCGUGGAGUGGGGCGUAUCCCAUCUGUGCAGAUCAUGAACCUCCCAAAAUAAAAUGUCCCCUGUCCCGCGUGAAGGUCGCUGAUCCUGGGAAACUGACCGCCAGAGUGUCCUGGGACCCCCCGGUUGCCACAGAUUCUGCUGAUAAAACAGUAGAGGUGACCCUGAUAGGCCAGGGCCCAGAUACCGACUUCGAAGAGGGGAUGAAUGUCAUCAGGUACACUGCCCACGACCAAGCCAGGAACAGGGCAGCCUGCAAGUUCAUUGUCCGGGUUGAAGUCAGACGAUGUCCAGCCCUCCAGCCUCCUCUCCACGGCCACAUCACCUGUGACGCGGACAGAGACAACUAUGGGGCUGUGUGUGAAUACCACUGCGACAGAGGCUACGAGAGGACGGGCACCUCCACCCGAGUCUGCCAGUCUGAUCGCAGCUGGACAGACGCUCCUGCAGAGUGUGUCCCAGCGGAUUUUAAAACAGAUAUGAAUACAGCUUCUGCCCUCCUGGAACAGUUCUAUGGUAAGAGGAGGGUUCUGAUCGUGUCGACACCGGACAUUGCGGAUCAGGACUACAAGCUUCAGAACCUCAUGGUACAGAAGGCCGACUGCGGUCUGGACCUACGGCAGGUGACGGUGCUGGAGCUGCUCGGUUCCCCGCCUCAUGAGGUGGGGCGCAUCAAGGGACGGCACCUGGACACUGAGGUCAUCGAAGGUCUCAGACACGCCUUCCGGAUAUCCAGGUCCUCUUUCAGCAUGUUGCUGUUGGACAAGGACGGCUUGGACCACGAGAGAUUCAUCGUUCCCACCGCCUCUGACGAGAUCUUCUCAUACAUCGACAAUAACCUGCUGGAUGAAGAGGAAAGGAGGCGACUGGACUUACACGUAAACUACUGUGACUAAGAAACCGGUUUGCCGCCCUGGUGGCUUGGGGAGGUCACACGCUUUUAUAAAACGGUAGAUGUCAGCUCAGAGGAGAAAUCUCCAAAUAAAGUCAUGGAUGGCAAGUGGGCCCGGAAUAGAAAGAUAAACAAGGAAACAAGUCUGGUAUUUAGAUGUUUAAACUGGUUAAUGGAUAAUGGUUUGAUUGUAAGAAGUAGCCUGUUUCCUGUUUGUAAAGCAUAAAAAUGUACCUUUAAACUUCAGCUACCAUACAGAAUGG